AUGUUCUAUAAAGAGGGAAUUAUCCCUAAAUCCUCAAGUGUCCUCGUAGCCCUAAUCGUCAUGUGCUCCAGCGUUACUAGCACCACCAUGGGCUACGACGGCAGUCUAAUGAACGGCCUCAACAUGCUCCCGGCCUACAAUGAUUACUUUCAAAUGGAUACGUCCAAGACCUCCCUAUCCACUGCAUCUACCUGGAUUGGUAACAUAGUUAUCGCCCUUGUAUUUGCCAAAGUACCAGAUGCAAUUGGUCGAAAACCGAAAUUAUGGAAUGUUCGUGGCUUCGAGGAUUAUCGUUGGGUGUGGAGCUGGGUUUUCUUCUAUGGCUGGUCCGAUUUAUUUCUCGGAGACUUUGCCUACGAAAUGGCGAGGUAUGUUGGUGGCCUCGUUGCUUCUGGCGUUACUUACGCCACGAACGGAAUGUCAUCAUCCUGGGCCUGGCGAAUGCCAAAUCUACUACAAGGGUUUUUCAGUAUUGUGCUUCUUCUUUUCCUGCCAUUUAUACCCGAGUCCCCCCGCUGGCUGGCGUCCGCCAGGAGACGUGAUGAAAGCCGAAGAGUCCUCGCUCAGUUAUACAGCAAUGGAGACGUAGAUGAUAUCAGAGUCCAAACGGAGGAUCAAAACAUUGCUGAAUCUCUGACACAAUCACUUGAGUCGGAGACUUCGUGGAAGAUUUUGCGAGACAUGCUUAAAAAGCCUACCGAUCGAAAAAGAGCAUUGCUCAUGCUCUCUGUUGCAGUGUUUUCGAUGUGGUCCGGCAAUAAUAUCGUGUCUUUUUAUUUGGGCAAUAUGCUGGACCAGGCCAAUGUGACUAAUACCACAACCCAACUACAGAUUAAUAUCAUCCUCAACUCCUUCUGUCUCGUCGUCUCUCUUCUCGGCACGGCAUUCGUUGACAGAAUCGGUCUUGGUGCUUUCACAAAGUUAUAUGGAACCACCGAUAACACCUCCGGACUCUACGCAACCAUCGCAAUGAUAUUCCUCUUCCAAGGCUCAUAUUCUUUCGGCUGGACCCCUUUAACUGUGCUCUACCCGCCCGAGGUCCUCAGCUUUCGCAUGCGAGCUUUGGGAAUGGGUAUAUAUACUUUCGCCGCUGAGGCAGCUGGCCUAGUGACUGUGUAUGCAUUUCCAAUUGCGAUGGACAGAAUUGGUUGGAAAGCGUACAUGAUCAAUGGAGUUUGGGAUGUGUUUCAGUUCAUUUUCGUGUUGUUUUUCUGGGUUGAGACUAAGGGGAUGACGUUGGAGGAGAUUGACGCUGUUCUAGAUGGUGUUCCUGCUCUAAGUGGCAUUGAGGCUGGGACUGUAGAGGAAAUUGGAUUAAAAAAGGAGAUCAAGCAAAAGGAGGAGGUGAUUUAG